UGAAAAUGAAUUGAAUACGAGAACGGAAAAUCCAGUUAUCUGCAUCUACACCUACACUGUACAAAUAAAUAUUAAAUUUCCUAUAAAUUAAAAAAAUAUAUAUAAAACUCAAAUCUUUUCGAUGUCCAAAAAUGGAAAAAAGAUGAGGAGAAAAAAACUUGUCGUUUUCUUCGUCCCUUUGUUGUGCGGAGAAUUGACUCCUCCUUCUUCCGGUCUAUAUAUAUAUAUAAAACUAAAAUCUCAGAUUUCAAUCUUAGGAGAAAGAGGGACAUACCAAGAAGAGAAAGAUGAAGCUCGUUUGGUCUCCAGAUACAGCUUCUAAAGCUUUCAUAGAUACCGUUAAAUCUUGCGAGAAUUUCGAAGAAUUCGGCGUCGCCGAACUUCUCUCAGCCAUGGCUGCUGGCUGGAACGCCAAGCUGAUCCUGCACGCUUGUUCCCCCACCGCCUCCUCCGCCGUCACCACCAUUGGUCUCGCCGUAGCCGCGCGGCACACCGGCGGACGGUACGUGUGCGCGGUGGCGGACGAGAGGUCGAAAUCGGUGUACGUGAAGAACUUGCAGGAGGCCGGUGUAUCGUCGCCGAAGGAGAUUAUCGUUGGAGAGGCAGAGAUGGCGACAGUUGCGGUGGUCGGAGUGGACUUUCUGGUUGUGGAUUGUAAGCGGAAGGAUUUUACUAGGGUUUUAAGGUUGGUGAAAGUAAGCGAGAAAGGAGCGAUCUUGAUAUGUAGAAAUACAUGGCCUAGAAGUUUCGAGAAGCUUGGUUACUGCAGGCUCCUACCGAAGGGGACACGUUUCGUAAGGUCAGUGAGCUUGCCGGUGGGUCAGGGUUUGAGUAUUAUUCAUAUAGGAUCUUCCCACGGCGGUAACGGCGACGCUUUGAUCUCGACGAGCAAGCCCAGCCGUUGGAUGAAGCACGUCGAUGAGCGUUCCGGUGAAGAACACGUGUACCGGGAGCGAAUCUAAACGGGUCUUUUGGAUGGAAUGGUUAAUAACUGGGACAAACUCACACAAGUUAGGUCUCCGAUCAGGGUGAUAACCAAUUUUGUCCAUGUUGGAGCCAAGAAUCAAACCAGAUCAUUCGGUUCUACAAACUACAAAUAUGGCAUUCCAACCAAUUUUUAAUAAGAAUGAAACUAAUAUAUCGGCUUUAUUUGAA